AUGCGCGGCCUUUCCUUGACAAGGACGACGACGACGCUGUUACUGGCGCUAGGUGCGGGCCUCGCAACCGGCGACGACACAGUCACGAGCGGGCGUAUCAAGGUGCAACUAUUCGCAGCGCCUGGUUAUCUCUCCGAGGUAUCUGUCGACGCCUACAACAACGUCUGUCUAUCGCUGGACAACAACCUCAUCGACGGCCUGGUACAGUCCAUUCUUGUGGGAGGGCACGAUGUGGCUACGGUGCUGCAACGCAACGAUUCCUGGAAUUGUCGCUUCUACGACAACUACGACUGCGAAGGCGACAUGGACACAUACUUGACCGUGCCUGACGGCGUCAAUAACCUCGGAAGCUAUGGCUGGGCCACACGCAUACACGGCCUGCGCUGCCGCAACUUUGACCUGGGCGACGACUGA